AUGCCCCCUCCCCGAGGAAAUUGGAAUCCUCUCGAGGGGCCAGGUGACUACGACGUUACUCCAACCGUCCAUAACGAUACCUAUCGAGCCAUCGAUCCAGUGCAAUUUAAUCUUGGCGGGAGGGCCGUCUUGGUUGUAGGGGCAUCCAGGGGCAUAGGACGGGCCAUGAGCGUGUCCUUUGCCAAGUCAGGUGCAAGAAAGAUUGCCAUAGCAGCAAGGUCGAUGCCCUCCGAAACAUGUCGAGAGAUGUUGGCUGCCACUGCUGAUCUUCCGAUUGCUAAGCCCUCCAUCCUGCCUAUUCAAAUGGAGGUGACUGACCAAGCGAGCAUCGCCAGCGCCGUCGAUGUGGUGCGGGCUGAGUUUGGCCAUCUGGAUAUCAUGAUCAUCAACGCUGGGGUGUUGACCAAGGGUAGGAUAAUUGACAGUAGCCCUGAAGAUUGGGCGAGGAACUGGACCGUCAAUGUCAUGGGGCCCUACCUGCUGGCGAGGGCCUUCUUGUCACUGAUGCUCGCGGGGGGCGAGAAGACUAUUGUAACUGUCAGCAGUGUUGGAGCCCACAUAGUGCUACCCGGCUUUAGCGGGUACGAGAUGUCCAAGUUGGGCGUCCUCCGCCUCACAGAGUUCCUCGCGGCCGAGCAUGGCGAUGACGGACUCGUAGCCUACUCGAUCCACCCCGGCAACGUCCCGACCGACAUGGUUGGAGGACCAGAAGGAGUUGAUCCCAAAAUAGAACAUGGUGAGUUGAGUAUGCAUUGCGGUUCUACCCAGACAUGA